CAAAAGCCCCGAAGCGUUCCAGAAGAACAACGGGCCGCGCGCGAGACUUUUUAGUUUCAACUGCCUUGCGCGUAUGCACGUACUGUAUACUGUAUGCGGUAUCGAUUUUUGAGACGCCUACGAAGUCCUGGCGCCUGGGCAACAAAUUGUUCGACAACCACAACUUCGCAUCAUCACUACCCGCACAAUACUGACGAGUCGCCUGACCUGUAGCAAGGUGGUAGGAUGCAAAAUUAACGAAACAUCACAUCAUCACAUCACGACUUGCUUGUCCACGCGCGCAACUUUGACCGGACACCAUAUUCAUUAUCCACAAGUCCUGGUCUCAUGAAGUAAUUGCGCUACGACGGCAUCUUCACCAGCCGCACCAGACGACGGCCGCGACGAUGGCAGAGAAUGGAGAGCAUCUCGGGAUUUCGCCUCCAUUGGCGACUGAUCCACCGAAAGAGAUCGAUCUGAAACUGAACGAGUUGCUGCUGCAAGAGUUGAAGACACAGAACAAUUUCGAAUCUGCUGAGGAAACGAAGAAGAGAAACGAUGUACUGGCGCGGCUACAACGAUUGUUGACCCAACUGGUUCAGAUGGUUGGCAAAGCAAAGGGAUUGCCAUCGGAAAUCUUGAAAGAGUCGGGAGGAAAGAUCUUUACCUACGGUAGCUACCGCCUGGGAGUUUACGGCCCCGGAUCCGAUAUCGAUACCUUGAUGAUCGCCCCUAAGCAUGUUACGCGCGAUGAUUUCUUCGAGCACAUGCCAGAUCUACUGCGGAAGUCGACAACGCCAGAUGAACUGACCGAGCUCACCCCAGUGCCAGGCAUCAGUGUGCCGAUCAUCAAGCUGGAAAUUUGUGGAGUUUCGGUCGAUCUCAUCUUCUCGAACCUUCAGGUCUCCUCAGUACCACGAGCGCUUGAGCUCACGGACAACAACCUGCUGCGCGGGCUCGAUGAGACGGAUCUACGCUGCGUCAAUGGUACACGAGUCACAGAUCGAAUUCUUCAGCUAGUUCCUCAAUCGCGCAUAUUUCGCAUAGCUCUUCGAGCUGUCAAGCUUUGGGCACAGCGUCGCGCCAUUUACGGCAACGUGGUGGGUUUCCCCGGUGGUGUGGCAUAUGCGAUGAUGGUGGCGCGUGUCUGUCAGCUUUAUCCAAAGGCGGCGGCUCCUCUCAUCGUGCAGAAAUUUUUCUUUGUCAUGGCAAAAUGGCAAUGGCCACUGCCUGUGGUCUUGCAGAAGCGUGAGACGGCACCGCUCCAACUUAGAGAGUGGGAUCCGAACACGUCGAAAGGAGACCGUUUCCAUCUCAUGCCAGUCAUCACACCGGCGUACCCUUGCAUGAAUUCAACUCACACAAUUGGCCUCUCGACGAAGAUGGUUCUGAUUCGCGAACUCAAACGCGGCGAGGAGAUUAUGACUGAUAUCUAUGCUGGCAAGAAGACAUGGAAAGAUUUGUUCGUGAGGCAAAAGUUUUUCUCUGAAGCCUACAAACACUACAUUUGUGUCAUCACUGCCGGGAGAACCAAGGAGGCCCAGCAAGCUUGGUCCGGAUUAGUCCAGUCUAAGCUCCGCAGGCUGAUAUCGGGCAUCGAAGUGUCAGAUGCGGACAGUGUUGAGCUUGUUCAACCCUUCAACAAGGGGUUCGAUCGUGUUCAUGAAUGCAACACUGACGAAGACAUUGAUGAUACCUUGAGCGGUGGUCUGAAAUGUCAAGUGACGAAGACAAAGACGACUGAAGAGUCUGCUGACAUUAGAGUUCAAGCUGCCGCCGAGGGCGAUGCCGAUGCUGUGGUCGAACAAAGCGAGGACGCCCCGGUGGAGGUCACCAAGAGUGGUGCUCAGUCGAUCUGGACCACAACUUAUUACAUGGGCAUCGGUCUCAAGAAGGGUUCGUCUAGUGAAUGGUGUGCUUACAUGAAUCGCUACUGAUACCGUGUCACUAGGUGCCGCCAACCUCGACAUCUCCUGGCCUAUCUCCGACUUUAAACGCAUCUGUCAAGAGUGGGAUGGCUACAAUGCUGACA